UCGAGCUCACGCAUCUCAGCCACCGUCUUCGCCAGCCCCACCACCCUCUGCCGCAUCGCAUCUAUCGGCGCCCCCGCGACGCCGCUCUCGACCCACACCCCCCGCGACUCAGGCCUAGGCCGGGCCAUGCGCAUAUCCCGGCACUAGCCUGCUCCAGCUACCAGAUCCCGGCGAUGGCCUGCCCGUCACCCCAGGCCAUCGCCAUGGCGCGCCUCGCGCCCUCGACCGUCGCCCACGUCCUCCGUCUCGUCGGCCGGGCGUACCUCGACGCAGGGCGAGGCCCGCGCUUGCGGCACACACAUACUUCGGCGCAACGCACCGGACAUGACGCCGGCGCACUCGGCAGGAUCGACGACGGCACGGCGAUCGUGCAUACCCCGCGCAAAAUGCGGCCGCCACGACCAGCGAUGGCGCCGCCCAUGCCAACGUGGGCGUGGCUCGAACCAGACACUCACCGUGAGCUGUUUCGCGACAGCCGCCGCAGCGGUGCCUCCAUGACGGCGGCGGCGUUUCGCGCGCGCUUCGACGAGCUCAAAGUGUCCCCGACGUUGCUGCUGCCCUACAUGCGGUUGUGUGCUGUAGCCGGCAUCUUCACCUCGCGCGGGACGACUGAUGCGGACUGGCAGUGGCUCAAUGCGAGGCUCCAGGCCUGCCGCGACGCGCCCGUUGACUUCAGCGAGCUCCCUGGCACUCGGGCGCUGCUGCGGCAUUUGCGCGCGCUCGUCAAGGCCAAACUUGGUGACUUUGAGGACGCCGCGGAGCUCAUGGCUUCGGCCAUCUUCAAGACCAUGGGCGAUGAAAGAGGCGCAAUCGACCGAUACCCCGAAUAUCCAUCACAGAUCAUCGAGCAGUACAUCACCACUGUGCUUGCAGCCGGGCGAUUACAGGACGCCGCACAAGUCGCUCUCAACGGGGGAAAGAUGCUACGCAAGCUCCUCACCUCUGUGGAGGGCAACUUUGAAAACAGCGCGUCUAGCGUACGCGUCCGGUCGGCGUUCCAGGCGGCUUUUCAGCAGAUGAGCGACCCAUGGGCAUGGAUCAGCGCCCAGUACGGCGCGUUGGGCGAGGGCGAUCGGACACAAGUCGAUGCCACUGCCAAGGUCAUCCUGGCGGGCCUCGUUGCCGACGCCCCACAAUGCAUUAAGGCGUUCACGUUCUGGCGCCGGCUCACGCUCAAGGACGACGCGAUGUACGUGCCCCACAGCAUUGCGUCCAAGCUGGCGGCGAAUCUCGCGGAUCAGGAAUUCUAUGCUUCCGCGCACCACGUCAUCUCCGUCCUCCGCGAAAGAGGCGGCGUUCUCCCACAUAACGCGCUGUCGCGCGAGCUCUGGAUCUACGCAAACGAGGGCAAGCCCACCGAGUCGCUCAAGGUAUGGGACGAGAUCAACCUUCGUCACCGGCCGACACGGAGCGAUCGCUUAGCCGUGGCAACGGCGUUUGCCAUCAACGGACAAGUUGAUGCCGCGAAACAGGCGCUGCAACAGCUUGGGACGCCACAGGACAGCUUGGAGGCGCUGAGUUUACUGCAGCGCGCGGCCAUACUCGCUGAGGACGCCGACCUCGCCCUCGAGUAUCUCGAGCGCAUCGCCAAGAUCGAGCCCACGCUCAAGCCAUUUGAGAGGCAGUUGCGGCUGUAUGCGCAACAGGGCAAGACCGAGGCUGCCAUCUCGGUGUUCGGGCGCAUUAUGGAGUUGCGCCUCAUGCCGACACUCGAAACAUACACAUCCUUGAUAUCCGUGUUCGCCAACGCCGCCGACCACAUCAAUGCGCAGAAUGUCUUCAACUCGAUGACGGCGAGCGGGAUUGAGCCAGAUGCCGUCGCCUGGUCCGCGCUCCUCAACGCCUACGUCGAAGCAGGCGCUUGGCAGGAAGCAGCCAGGCUCGCUGAGGGGAUCCCGCUCGAGAUGUCCGAGGAUUCGGACAUUCUCACAACCUUGCUGAAGGCGUAUGUCAUUGGCGCUGCGCCUCUCGAGCCUGUUCUACGCCUCUUCCGCUCCAUCCCGCAGCCACCAGUACAAGCGUGGGCGCUUGUAAUCCAGUCGGCAGCCGACAACGACAACAUGGUACUGGCGCGUGCGCUGUUUGUCGAGAUGGACGCAGCGACCAAGCUGGACAGCCUGGCCCCGCCGCCGAACGUGUACGUCCUGUCAAUCCUGUUGGCGGCGUACCUGCGCAUGGGCGACCGCGAGUCAGCUCGCGCCGUAUACGACACGAUGAUCGCGCGCGACCUCGUACCGACGAGUGUGACGUACGGUGUCAUCACGAGUUCGUUUGCGCGCGCGCCAGGCGAGUCGAGUUUCAAGCAAGCACACAACUUUGCCAUGUCGGUCUACGGCCAGAUCCGGCCUGGCGAGCGGACACACGCGCGCGGCAAGGCGAUGGAGAAUGUCUUUACGCCCCUCCUCGUCGCGUCUGUACGCACCGGCGACCUCACGCAGGCGAAGCACUACUACGACUUGAUUGCCGAGAAUGGCGGCCACUCGCGCUCGCUCACCGCCAAGCUCAUGGUAGCGUACCGCGCGGCCGGGCAGCUACGACCUCUCUACCGCCUGUGGCUCAAGCUGUUCGGGCAGGCAUGCAAAGUCAUCCCACCGCAUCCAGGCCAGCCUGGCCUGUUGCCGGACGGGCAACGGACGCGGGCCCGCAACAACGUGCUCACCAUCCCGUUCUCAGUCGUGAUCCGUGCGUUUGGCGACGCGGGGCUGCACGACCGCCUGAAGAAGUUGUGGACGGACAUGCGGCGCGCGGGGUUCGGCCGCGACUCGCAAAACUACAACCACUACGCCGUGGCGCUCGCCAAGACCGGCGACGUCGAGGGCGCAUUCCACAUCGUCGACCGCGUGCUGAUGCCGCGCUACGCCGAAGUCAAGGAGCGAUACAACGUGGCGAUGCGCGCGGCGGACGGGCAGCUGCUCGCCGUCGAGGCGGACACGACGCCGGCGGACGUCGCCGUCGACAUCCAAGAUGGCGACGACGUGUUCGACGAGCUGGCGCCUCGCGACGACGCUGUGGCCGUAGCCGAAGUCGAGGCCGCAGGCGAGGCAAACACGGUGCGGACGACAAGCGACGUCGCGGAGCCCGCGCACCGCCCACCGAACAGGCGGCACCAGUACCACCCCGACGUGCCGCCGCAGCUCUUGGAGAACGACGCGCCGGUAGACCUGAGCAUUCUGCGGCAGUGGCGGCCCAGCGACGUGCUGUGGCGCCCGAGUGUCGCGACCCUCGCUGUGCUCGACCACGCGUACCGCCAGCUCGAGGACCAGAAGGCGUACCGCGCGUGGGUGGGGCUCGGGAGCGAAGGUGAAGGCGAGGGCGAGGAGGAAGAGGUGCGCCUGCGCGAGUUCGGCGAUUCCGUUGUUGUGCGCGAGCCCGAUGGGUCGCCGAAGCGCAUGAGCCCGCGCCUGAUGCUCGCGCGUUUGAAUCGCAAGUAUGGGCGUGUCGUGAGCCUCAUCAUGUUCCACCGCCGCAAGCGGCAGCAGCUCAAGCUCGAGGACAAGCGCGAGCGGCGGUGGUGAUUGUCGCUCGUGUAUCAGAGGAUGGCGCCGAUCGGCGGCUUGACGCCCACCGCUUUUCCACGACCUUGGACGCGCUCCGAAUCGGGAGCCGUCAGGCUGAAGACGUCUUUGUCGUGUCGAGUGUGUCCGCGUGGCCCGUGUGGCCACUUCGUUGCUCCCAUUGCGCCAUCACCCCGCCAUCCACAGCGUAUAGAAGAAUCAACCUUUCACAACACUGCAUAUCCUGCAUUGCAUGGCUCACACUCCCCCUUCAUACAAUUGUACUGCACAAUGCAUAGGUCAAG